UCUUACUCUUAUUCUCGCUUCAUAGAGGUAUCAUAUUUCUUCAAUAUUAAUUCAUGUAUGAAAAUAAUAUACGAAUAUAUUGACGAUUAGAUUAGAGAUCUGUUUUACCAAUUUCACCUCAAUAAACAGAUCGUUGGUAACAUUCGAUGGCGCCACGAUCGUUGCCGAGGUGACGAAGGUAGUGUGCACGUUGGAGGUAAAAGCUUCGGGAUCAAGAAUAUUUCUCUCCCACUCGGCGCUCCCUCUCCUGUCCGUCCGCCUCCUUACUGUUAAAGUACGACGCACGUUCUGGCCGGCACGGUGUAACCUCCAUUAUCAUACAUAUAUUUACAACCGCUGCACUUCUUACACUUUCUGCGGCCGAAUAUCAGAGGUGCAAAAGGUGCAAUGGAAUAAAGCGCGAAAUAAGACACAUCGCGAUUUUGGAUCAAAACAAAACCCGGGAUUUAACCGGGUGAGAAAAACCAGAGUCGAGGGUGUCACGUCGACUGCCCUGCUGGAUAUUGUAACGCAUAUUGGACUGCAUCAAUACCAGCUAUAUACCUUAGAUCAUCUAUCCGACUAAUAUGAAGGGCUACGUUAAACGCGACGAGGAGGGCAAAAUAAUCAUAGACAACAAUGGCUUUAUCACAAUAACAUGUGAAGACGAGAGCAUAGCCUUCCAACUACAUCUUUCAGAAAUAGAUGAGAAGGCGGAACAAAUGUGUUUUAAUGUUAACGGCAAAGAUAUAUUUAUCGAUGUAUAUCCAGGAUGGGAAACGAGUGAAAUUGAUCCUAUCGUUGAAACUGAAAAUGAUAAUGAGAAUGACAGUGAAAAUUAUAAAGUCAGUAUGGGCACACCAUCGACGAGUAAAAGUGGGAAUGCAGUUUUUCCUUGGUGCGAUGCCUCUACAAAAAUCUUCCUGAAGGAGUAUAAGCUCAAGAGGGAGCUUGUGAAGAAUCGAAAAUUGAAAAACAUGAAACUUGCAUAUCAGGAAAUAUCUAAGAACCUACAAGAAAAUGGUUUUAAUGUAACCCCUUUACAAGUAGAAAACCGAUUCAAAACGCUCAAACGUGCUUAUAAGAAUAUGAUAAUAAGUAACAGACGAACCGGGAGAGGAAGGUAUAUUUGCAGUUAUGAACAGGAUCUCGAUGAAAUUUUCUCUGCCAGGCAUUUAGUGCCUGAAAUGCAUGGAUCUGAUGUGGAGGCCAAUGGAGAAGAAAAUGCAGAGAGCACAGAGAGUAAGCUUGGUAUCUCUGAAAUCGUCAGAUUAGAAACACAAAUGAAAAGAAUGAUCGACAGUCUACAAAGCUGUCAGCGUACAUUAAAGACCUUAACCACCAAAAUGGAAAGUAAGAGCAAAGGUUCCAGUGACGUGCAACACAAACUCCUACAAGUAUUCAUGGAGAUGCGAGACAUGCAGAAGGAGGCAUAUGCACGAGCAGAAAAGGAGAGAGUGCAGGCUAACCAACAGAGAGAAAAGACAAAUAGAUUACUCGGAGAAAUUAUAAAACUUCAACAAAUUAAGAAAGAGACAUAAUACAGUCAAUGUGAAUAAGCA